CUGAUCUCCACAAAUGACGCUGGUCUUCCGUGAUUCUGUUCUGCCGCUUCUGUUGACCAGCCAGACGCACAGAGAGACGGACGCAGCGUUGGCCAGACUUUGGUGCUCCAUGGCUGUCCUUUUGCCCGUCCCACCUCGCCUACCCCGGAUCUCUCUUCGGAUCUCGAACACCUCUACUUUGGAGUAUGGCUAGUGCGCCAGACAUUGAGGUGGAAAGGGCUUGACAUUCAAAAUGAAGUUCGCAAAGGAACUGGAGGACGAAGCCGUCCCGGAGUGGAGAGUGAAAUACCUCGAUUACAAGCAAGGCAAGAAAAAGAUUAAAGCGAUUGCCCGAGCCUUGCGGGCUCUUAACCGAACGCCUGGCGCUCCUGCUCGGCCAGCCCUACUACCCGAAGACUCGUCCGAUAGAAUACCCUUCACACACUAUGACUUUUACCGCCCUCGACCGACCACGGGACGAACCGCUCAGUCACUACCGGCGGACGGCGAGGGGCUUUCGCGAGAAGGGCCGGAAGACCAGCUUCAACGUCCUGACACUGCACAGAGCCGGACUUUGUUCGCGCACUCACCUCCCAUACUAGUUCCCUCUCGACGAGGCGCAAGUUAUGCGUCAACGCCGGAGCGGAGGCCUCUGCAUGAAGAUGGGCAGUAUGGCCCUGGUCAGACACAGAUGAACUACGGGAGCAUCAUCGGUUCACUACCACAAGAGGAAACGCCCGGCCAAUUUACGGCCCUUGAGCUACCUGAUCCAGCCCUUAGUCCUGCUAGGACUCGAACAAAGGGCGACGGAGAGAUACCCCCAUCUCACGAGAACCUUCCACUGCCUGAGGCUGCUCAGGUGCCGCCUGCUCCUGAUCCCUAUCAUGUCGGCGAGACGAGGCCACGCCACAAACACCAUGUUGGAGCUAGCCUGUCGAAAUCUAUGUUUAAGAAUCGACAAGACACAAAGAAUCAAUCAAUGGUCGACACGAAGCCAAGCCCUAACCCUCGUUCCCGGCUCAAGAGGUUUUUCUCCGCCUAUCCACUAGACCAGCCAAAUGUGAAUGAUGUCCAACUGGAGGCCUAUCGAGAUCUUGAUGCCAAACAAGCAGAAUUCUUCGCCUUUUUGGACAGAGAACUCGACAAAAUCGAGAACUUUUACAAGAUGAAGGAGGAGGAAGCAACUGAACGUUUACAAGUCCUUCGAAGACAAUUACACGAAAUGAGAGAUCGCAGAUUGGCAGAGAUAUUGAAUUCCAGGAAGCCGAAGGAAACUAAUCAGUUAUUAGUGGACAAUUCUGUUCCUGGGGCCGAUCUCAUAAGAGUCCCGAGCAAAGAUAACGCACUGCCUGUUGAGAAUGGUACAAACGGUACAGGCAUCACCAAGAAACCCAUUAUCCCAGAUGCUCUGGGCCGUCGCGGCACAAUCGGUAAAACCACCCAGGCAAUGCAGCAACUGAGCUCCCCGCCCGGACCUAAAGCACAGAAGCGUAUAAAUGACGCCAAACGAGACUAUGUUCAGCACAAGCGACCAAAUGAUGUCCCGUACAGGUUCGCGAAGCGGCGGUUAAAGCUGGCCUUGCAGGAAUACUAUCGAGGACUAGAAUUGCUCAAAUCCUAUGCUCUGUUGAACCGAACCGCGUUCCGCAAGAUCAACAAGAAGUACGACAAGCUUGUGCAAGCCCGACCACCGCUUCGAUACAUGUCGGAGAAGGUGAAUGAUGCUUACUUCGUCCAGAGUGAUGUCGUGGAUAACCUGCUGAUGGCGGUUGAAGACCUAUAUGCUCGUUAUUUUGAACGGGGAAACCAUAAGAUUGCGGUCAGGAAGCUUCGGUCCAAGCUAGGGCCUGGUGACCAGUCAGGAACGACGUUUCGCAACGGUCUUUACGUGGCAGCCGGCGUUUGCUUUGGUAUAUCUGGCCUCGUGCAGGGGACAAAGCGGCUCUUCGACUCAAGUCCACCAGUGUCGACCAAUAUCAGCUAUCUCCUACAGCUCUAUGCGGGUUACUUCCUGGCGCUGCUUCUUUUCCUCCUUUUCUGCCUCGACUGUCGGAUCUGGACUAAGGCGCAUAUCAACUACGUCUUCAUCUUCGAGUUCGAUACCAGGCAUGUUCUUGAUUGGCGCCAAUUGGCAGAGCUACCGUGCUUUUUUCUUUUCCUGAACGGAUUGUUUCUAUACAUCAAUUUCCAGGCCGACACGAGCGAUUGGUUGUUUCUCUACUCGCCAGUCUUGCUGAUAGUAAUUACACUGAUUAUCAUGGCUCUCCCAUUCAAGGCAUUGUACUACAAUGCGAGAAGAUGGUGGGGUUAUUCGAAUUGGAGGCUUCUGCUCGCCGGUUUGUACCCUGUGGAGUUUCGGGACUUUUACUUGGGAGACAUGUACUGCUCGGAGACGUAUGCCAUGGGACAAAUCGAAGUCUUCUUCUGUCUGUAUGUCAACGAUUGGAACAAUCCGGCACAAUGCAACUCGAACCACUCGCGACUACUGGGCUUCUUCACCGCCCUCCCGGCUGUCUGGCGUGCAUUCCAGUGUCUGCGCCGAUACUACGACACGCGCAACUGGUUCCCACAUCUGGCCAACUUUGUUAAGUACCUGGGCAAUAUCUCCUAUUACAUGACGUUGUCGCUCUAUCGGAUCCACAUGACGGACGAAAUGAGGGCGGUGUUCAUAACCUUUGCGGCCAUCAACGGCGUCUACUCUUCCUUCUGGGACGUGUGCAUGGAUUUCAGUCUGGGGAACCCUUGGGCCAAGCAUCCGUUCCUGCGCGACCAGCUCGCGUACAAGAAAGCUUCAUUCUACUAUUUUGCCAUAGUGGCGGAUGUGGUGCUUAGACAGCAGUGGAUUUUGUACGCGAUAUUCACCAGGGACUUGCAACACUCGGCGCUGUUGUCCUUUUUUGUUAGUUUGGCCGAAGUCCUCCGUCGAGGCAUGUGGUCUCUGUUCCGAGUCGAGAACGAACACUGCAACAACGUAGGCAAGUUCCGUGCCUCCAGAGACAUCCCGCUACCUUAUGAAAUCCCCGAAUCGCCCGAAAUGGCAAGCAAGACCGCUUCACCUGCUCAACAGCGACUUCAACAGCAACAGCAAGAGCAACAACAGCCCUCCACGACAGCGCCAGGCGAAGAACCCAUCGCACAACAUGAAGAUUAUGAACACCAGCCGCAGCACGCGACUGGCGUUGACGUGGAACGAUACCCUACUGCCACCACGGCCGCUUCGUCUCCGUCACUGCGUCACCGCAAGUGGCCUUCCGGGGGUCCGCCGACACCACGCACGCCUGGUAUGCGGGCUCUGCAGCGCGUCGGCACGGUCAUCGCCAGCGCACAUGCCCAGGACUUUGAGAAACGGCGCAGACCCGAAGUCGAAGGUCCUGAUGGUCCUGAUGGCCCUGAUGGCCGCAGUUACCAGGCUGGCAGUAGUGAUGAAGACGAAGAUUAUGAUGACGACGACGAUGAUGAUGAAGAGGGUGAUGGAGACGAGGUUGCCGAGUUGCGACGACAGCAGCAGCAGGAGCAGCAGGAGUUCCAUGGGCCUCAUGUUGGUUGAUGAAGGUACCGGGAAAGGAUGGAAAAGGAAUAGUAUCAAGUAAUGAAAACUUGAAAGGCGCUGCAGUACAGCAGUGUUAGCAUAUAAUACCGUACUAAUAAUAGUACUUUGCACGAAUGCCUUUCUUGAGCGCCUUACAUUGAUGUACCACUACUGGGAAUACUUGGUCACUGAAGGUUCAAGUUUGCAAAUAAUUUGCAGUGGUUCAUUUUUCUACAUUCAUCAUCCCAGCCGCGGCCAGCAGGCUAGCUUUGCUGUACAUAGAUGGUCCAUAGGCGUAGCUACUGUAAGGUAAGCUAACAGUAGUCCGUGAGGCUGCUCUUGGGGGUUGUUCGGGGAACCCGAA